CAUUUCUUGGGGCAUCCGGAUUUUUUUCUUUCUCAAGCCUCUUCCCAAGUUAUUCGACAGUGUUUAAUUUUGAUUUCUUUUUUUCGCAUUGUGCGAUUUUCGCCCUCAACCAAACAACAACUUUCCCACGUAUGACGCGAUUAAUUAAUCCUCUCUGACCUUUUCUCCGGACAAAGACAUUCAUCCAAACACCAUCAUGACUCGUACCAGGUCCCUUUACUCUCUCCUGCCCCUCUCCGGGUUCUUUUUCAACCCUUUCCCGUUGAUGAGCUCCAACGAAGGGGGCAAGGCUAUAAAAUCCGCGCUACGCCUUAACCUUAACUCGAACGUCCCUGUCUGGCAAGGUGUCGAUAAGCGUCUUUGCGAGCUCUUCAAUGUCUAUUACGCGAAGAGGAACUCCAUUGAGCGACUCGGCUGGGAAUCCUGGUGGCUUCAUGUCCAAUUUUCCGUGUCCUGGACCGAAAACGACAUCUAUCUCAAAGAGGGAUUCUUGCGAGAAUUCGCCGAAGGACUUACAGAAGCUCGAGCGAGGGGCCGAAACAUGACUCUAUGGAAUCAACAAAACUCUAACAAGGACAAGCAACAAGGCGAAGUCCUAGUCUAUCUGGACGAGUGGCUCGAUUUCUUACGCGAGUUCUAUCCCAGUGAAGACCUUGACGGCGAGUCGCAGUGCGACAACCCAUUCAACCUCCGGCCUGAAGAUGUAGAGGACUAUCCUUCGAACCGCUCUGUGGACGAUACUGUCUUCGACAACAACGAGGACAUGGAUGAUGCACUCACCGAGGCUCAGCUCGAGUACCAACAUCAAGACAAGAAGUACAAUGUUCUUGUGGAGAUGAUGGAAGAUAUGGCCAUCGAGGAUGAUAAUAGACGCAAGAUCUCAGAGAGAGCGGAACACUGCCAACAGAGAAUACGAGAGCUUUUUGACGGCGGAUUCGAGCUCUUUUUGGAGGAACCCGAUGUUAAGGACGGAGAAGUUGCCGACAAUGCCAACGAGGAGGCUAAGGACGACGAUUAUCUCGAAGAGGCUCAUGAUACCGAGCGGACCGACCCUACCGAGGAGUUGAAGUGUCCCGAGAAGGUUGAGCACAUCGGAGAGGCCAGAGACGUCGAGGAGAAGAAUGCUGAGGAAUUUGACCUUAUCGAAGAAGCUAAGAAUAUUGUGGAGUCGGGACAUGCCCAGGAGAUUGAGCGUCCCGAAGCAACCGAAGACGUUGAAGUCACCGAAGACCGAGGUGUUGCAAGCGAUGGGGUUGGCGAUUAUGACGAACACAACGAUGUCGAAUGCCAUGACUGCGAUGACGAUAGCAAGGAGGAGGGUAUUGACGACGUUGGAGUUGACAUCUCGCUACGUAAACGCGCUCGAGAUAUCAAGGACGAGCCUCGAAAACGCGUUCGCACGGAUCUAUGAACUUGCAGGAAAUCCGAAGUUGUGUACAUCUGAGGAGGGAUAAACAUGGUUGCUUGUACAUCAAAUAAGAGAGUGUAACGCUGGUUUCUCUAGCCUGAAACCCGUCGCAUUGUCUUUGUAGUAGAUGUUUUGAUCGCUACAUUUGGUUGUCGCCCCGUUUUUUAUCGACGUCAAUGAGACCACCUAUAGGGUUUUCAAGGGCUUGGUUGUAAAAUGUCAUAGGUCGUGCCUCGAGUUUCUUGACUGUCAAUGAACGAUUCGUGGGAGUAUCGUUGAGAAUACUACUAUGACGGUCAAUUGAUAUUGUAUUUUCUAGGGUUAGAAUCCUCGAGAGAAUUGAUAUUU